UAUGACUAGCGAACUACCAGCAAGUCCUUCAGAAAUUCAUGUGGAUAAUACAGAGGUUUUUCAACUUAAAGCACUUUCGUUAAAUUUCCUAAGAAACACUUCUGAAAUAACUGACGAACAUAUUCCGAAACUUAAUCCUUGCCACUUCUGUGAUAAAGAAAUUCUUGCCUUACCCUUACCACUUCAUUCAUUCACAGUAUUAUCAUGUGGACAUAUAUACCAUCGAAUAUGUCUUGAAAAACAUAUUGUACGAUUAAAAACACGUUUUCCUUUAUGCCCUAUUUCUAGUUGUAUAUCACCUAUCGAACUUAUUAGGGAGGAACUUUCACUAGCUUCUGAAGACGAAGAUUCUCUUGUGGGUCAGGGGGGAAAGAGAACCGAAGUUACUACGUAUGAUCAAGCGACAAGUCUAAUUGCGUAUGUGGAAGAGAUACCAGAGCUAUCAGAUAUCAUCGAUGAUGCUGAAAAUGAUGAUAAUGGGAAUAACAAUCAUAGUUCUCAAAUAAGGAUGGAUAAUUCGACUAAUCAAACAACUGAAGAUGACAUUGCUAAUACACAAAUCCGAUCAUCAAGAGAAACAUCUCCAAGAAUCAAUCGUGAACAGGAAAGAUUUCGAGGAUUGUUACAUAAAUUAUCUACACCUAUUAAGGGGGAGACUACUGAAACCAAUAAUGAGGAUGAGGGUUCUGGGGGUUCGAUCUCGCAGAAUUUAGCUCGAUUAUUCCAAAAAGCAAUUAAGGCUGAAAAGCGUGUAACUCAAGCUUAUCAAGAGGAAAUUCACU